AGAGGCGCCACUGUCUCCGGUGUCUUUCACGUUAUUUUUGAUGGAGGACCGGAGAGGGGACGGUGGAGGUCUCGGAGCGCUGAUCCGGUCGUGAUGAACCCGUUUGACGGCUCCGGUUCUCCCCGACGUGAGGCGGCGGACGGCGGGGACAGCCGGUGUCCGUGGGCCCGGUUCUCCUCCUGGUUGGAGUGCGUGUGUGUCGUUACCUUCGACCUGGAGCUCGGGCAGGCCAUCGAGCUGGUUUAUCCUCAGGAUGUGAAACUCACUGAGAAGGAGAAAACCAGCAUCUGCUACCUGUCCUUCCCCGACUCGUACUCAGGAUGCCUCGGUGACACUCAGUUCAGCUUCAGGUUGCGCCAGUCAGUUGGUCGCAGAGCGGCGAGGUUCCGGGAGGACGCUUACAACAGAGACGCCCCCGUCACCCUGCAGACGGAAGCGUCCCAUUUCUUUGGUUACGUCUAUUUCAGACAGGUGAAGGACGUCUCUGUGAAGAGAGGCUACUUCCAGAAGUCUCUGGUGCUGGUGUCCAGGUUACCGUACACUCACCUGUUCCACUCGCUGCUGCACAUCGUUGCUCCUGAGUUCUUUGAGAAGCUGCAGCCCUGUCUGGAAGCAGUGUGUAACGAGAUCGACCAAUGGCCUUCACCAGUACCUGGACUGACCCUCAACCUGCCUGUGAUGGGCGUGGUCUUACAGGUGCGGAUUCCUUCAAAAACGGACAAACCAGGAGGAAGUCCAGUGAGACAGACUGCUAGAGAGGGCCUCCUGCCGGCUCCGACUCUGCUGCCCUCCAUCCACGAGCUGGACCUCUUCAGGUGUUUCCAGUCCGUCCUGGUCCACAUGCAGAUGCUCUGGGAGCUCGUGUUGCUCGGGGAACCGCUGGUUGUCAUGGCGCCGUCUCCCACCGUCUCCUCGGAGACCGUGCUGGCUCUCAUCAGCUCCAUCAGUCCUCUGAAGUUUUGCUGCGACUUCCGGCCGUAUUUCACCGUCCACGACAACGAGUUCAGAGAGUUCACCACCAGAACACAGGCCCCGCCUAACGUGGUUCUGGGAGUCACCAAUCCGUUCUUCAUUAAGACUUUUCAGAACUGGCCUCACGUGGUCCGGCUGGGAGACGUCAGGAUGGCAGGUGAUUUACCGAAACAGGUGAAGGUGAAGAAAUUGUCCAAGCUGAAGACCCUGGACACUAAACCAGGUAUCUACACGGCGUACAGGACGUACCUGCACAAAGACAAGGUUCUGAUCAAACGGCUGCUAAAGGGGAUCCAGAGGAAGAGACCGUCAGAGGUCCAGACCGCCAUCCUAAGGAGACACCUGUUAGAGCUCACGCAGAGCUUCAUCAUUCCGCUGGAGCGGUACAUGGCGAGCCUGAUGCCUCUGCAGAGAUCGGUGACGCCGUGGAAGACUCCUCCUCAGGUUCGACCCUUCAGUCAGGAAGAGUUCAUGUCCACUCUGGAUCACACCGGGCCUCAGCUCACGUCAGUGCUCAAAGGUGAUUGGAUGGGACUGUACAGGAAGUUCUUCAGGUCUCCCAACUUUGAUGGAUGGUAUCGUCAUCGACAUAAAGAGAUGACUCAGAAACUGGAGAGUCUUCACCUGGAGGUCAUCUGUGACGCCGACCUGCUGAGGUGGACCAAAGACAAGUCCGAGGUGGAGAUCGUGGACCUGGUUCUGAAGCUCAGAGAGAAGCUGAUUAAAGCUCGACGGCAGCAGCUGCAGGUGAAGGACGGAGUUUUAAACAAACUGGAUACUUUUAUAAACUCCAUCAUCAGAACGCUGCCUGGAGACCUGCAGACGGUCCUGAGUACACACUAAGUACACAGUAAAUACACUGAAUGUAUACAGUACAGACCCACAGUGUCGCAGCAGCUUGUCAGAUGUUUUUUGGGGAACGUUUGGAUGUAAUGUUGCUGAGACCAUUUGUUUUCAUUCAUUUCAGCUUUCACACAUUUGUAAUAUUCUAAUUUAAUAAAAGUUCUGCCUUCAAAAGAUAAAU